GUUUUGCUCUACAGUAACACACACACACACACACACUGUAACGCAAUGUAACUCACUUUCCGUCAUGUGACGCUCAUUUUUGUACAGGUCGGUCGUUGGCGGAGUCUCGCCGCUGCUUCUGGAACAUUCUCAAGGACGAACGUCGAACACACGCACAGGGCGGCGGAAGGUAAGACGUGUCCGUCCUGGCUGGACCUUCUCAACGCUCUAAAGGAUAUUAAGGACAUGAUCGACGUUUUAUCCAUCAGUGCCAAAAAGUCUUAAAGCAACAAUUCUCUGGCUAAAACCACAAAGUUCACCGAGCCAGCGAUGGUAGAUCGUUCACAGAAGACCCACGGCCAUCAGCUGUCUGACGCGGGCACAGCGUCGGACUACAAGGUGAUGCCGUCGCCGUUUUCCGAGGACGACGUGAGCGAGUCCUCCAGUCCUGGUUCUUGCUCCAGCCCCAAAUCGCAGGUCCUCAGCUCCAGCUUGGGCAGCACCUCCAGCAGUGAGACCAGCAUCCUGGACCAGCUGCUGUCCCAGGACAAAGCGCCGUCUUCUCCGCCAUCUUCCGUCCUCUGGGGCGACGCCGCCAAAUGUCCAUCCGUGAAGAAGGAAGGCGUGGACCUGUUUUCUUGGUCCGACGCGGUGACGGACAAACAUGGGGAGUCCUUUCAGCCCACGCUGGAGGAAAUCGAGGAGUUCUUGGAGGAGAACAUGGAUGCAGUGACCAUGGAGCAAGGAGUUGGUCCACAGAUUAGACAAGAAGACGUUGGACCUAAGUCUUCCUCUGAGACACCGCAGGAGGUCUCAUGUUCAGACCAAAGCAUUGUUAGCGUCAACAAAGCUUCAUCUUCCACCGUCUCUUCCAAGAAGACGUGCAGAACUUCAUCCGAGGACAACAGCGGGAAGACGGUCCUUCAAAUCCAGCCUCUUCACUUCAAACAGCCCUCCGCCUCUUUGGUCCAGGUCUUGGUCAACAUCCAAGGUCAGACCUUUGCUCUGGUGCCUCAUGCCCUGCCCUCGCCCAGCUUCCACGUGGCCUCCAAGUUCGUACGCAUCGCUCCUUUGCCCAUCGCCGCCCAGACCGUCGGCGGCGCGGACCACGCGGCCGGCGGAAAAGCGGCGGGGAUUCUUGUCGGGGGACAGAAGUUCUUAAAGAACCCGGUGGCAGAACUUAUUAAAAUGCAUAAAUGCACGUUUCCUGGCUGCAACAAAAUGUACACAAAGAGCAGUCACCUGAAGGCUCACCUGAGAAGGCACACGGGAGAAAAACCUUUUGCCUGCAACUGGCAGGGAUGUGGAUGGCGAUUUUCCCGCUCAGACGAGUUGUCGCGACAUCGGCGCUCGCACUCGGGGGUCAAGCCUUACCAAUGUCCCGUGUGUGACAAGAAGUUUGCCCGCAGCGACCAUCUAUCAAAACACGUCAAAGUCCACCGUUUUCCGCGAAGCGGUCGUGCAGUCCGCUCGGCCAUCUGAUGGCCGGUGGACGUGACGGACGUGUGAAGUACACUGUGAAGGACGUGUGAAGUACACUGUGAAGGACGUGUGAAGUACACUGUGAAGGACGUGUGAAGUACACUACGUACUACUUACACCGCAAGUAUUUCAUCCCGUGCUGAUUGUGUACAUUUACUUUCCAAGGUAUGAACAAUACAUUUGUUAUUUCAACUGUGAGACAGAAUGUAUAACAGUAACAUGAGAUCAAUCAAAUUACUGUAUUGAGCAUUGGAUUGAGGUAAACAAGGUUUUGAUGCAAAUACAAACGGCGAUUAGUACUUGGUGUAGAAAUAUUAUUGGUAAGUAUAGAGGUUAGAUGUCUCUUGUAGUUGUUGUACUUAUCGUCCAUUCCAGUCUUGUGUAGGUCUACAAUCAUGUCCCUGAGGUCAGAUCUUUGGGGGUAAAUGUAGAGGUUUGAAUGAAGAAAGUGUUGAGUUUCGAAGUACUUCCUUCAAGGUACAGUAAUCGCGUGUGUAUUUCGUGGGCACAGAACCACUCUGUGGGGUCACAAUACUUCAUUCAAACUAGAGAUGUCCGAUAAUGGCUUUUUUACCGAUAUUCCGAUAUUGUCCAACUCUUAAUUACCGAUUCCGAUAUCAACCGAUACCGAUAUAUACAGUGGUGGAAUUAACACAUUAUUAUGCCUAAUUUUGUUGUGAUGCCCCGCUGGAUGCAUUAAACAAUGUAACAAGGUUUUUCAAAAUAAAUCAACUCAAGUUAUGGUAAAAAAAUGCCAACAUGGCGCUGCCAUAUUUAUUAUUGAAGUCACAAAGUGCAUUAUUUUUUUAAACAGGCCUCAAAACAGCAGCUUGGAAUUUGGGACAUGCUCUCCCUGCGAAAGCAUGAGGAGGUUGAGGUGGGCGGGGUUGGUGGGGGUUGUGGUCGAGUUGGGGGUGGAUAGCGGGGCUGUAUAUUGUAGCGUCCCGGAUGAGUUAGUGCUGCAAGGGGUUCUGGGUAUUUGUUCUGUUGUGUGUAUGUUGUGUUACGGUGCAGAUGUUUUCCUGAAAUGUGUUUGUCAUUCUUGUUUGGUGUGGGUUCACAGUGUGGCGCAAAUUUGGAACAGUGUUAAAGUUGUUAAUGUGGCCACCCUCAGUGUGACCUGUAUGGCUGUUGACCAAGUAUGCCUUGCAUUCUCUUGUGUGUGUGAAAAGCCGUAGAUAUUAUGUGAUUGGGCCGGCACGCAAAGGCAGUGCCUUUAAGGUUUAUUGGGGCUCCGUACCUUUAUGUCAUUGUUUUACAUUCUGUCUAUCUUUUAAAAUAAAGCUACCAUCAAAAAGAAUGUAUUGUUCAUAUCUUUGUAAAAAUAAACCCACACAAUACUUAUUUUUCCACUGUGUAUAACCUUUUCUGCAAUUGUUCUAAUUUAUAGUACAAAAAAGCAGGAUGUAAUCAUGUACUUUUUUUUUCUUGUUAAGUUUGUGGCUCUGAAUUAUUCUCUUAGCUGUCAGUUUUUAUCUGCUCGGAUGCCGCCAGUGUUUUGGACAUUGUUCACGUUAUGCAAAAUGUAGAAGGACUGAACUUCACCUGGAUCAAUGAGGAAGAACCAGAGUACUGUAAUACCAGCACUACUACGAGUGGUAUUUUUCAUGUUUUUUUUUUGCUCCUGAUACAGUCAAUUUGCUGUAUGUCCAAUUUAUAGGAAGAACUUGCAUCUCGCCUCGUGUAAACGCAGCUGCUGUAUUGACAAUAAGACGUGUAUUGUGUUAGCUCAAUAAGCUACUCACGUGAUAAGCUACAUUUUACUGCAACAGUUUAACUCACUAGAAGCCGUAAAAACUAUUUUAAAUGUGUUCUACUCAGUUUUGUGCCUGAACUCAUGAAGUGAUGUCAUAGUCACGUGACCACCUCGGGUUAUUCCUAGCUCAUUAUCAGUUCUUUUUAAAAUAGUGAAGUGAAGUGAAUUAUAUUUAUAUAGCGCUUUUCUCUAGUGACUCAAAGCGCUUUACAUAGUUAAACCCAAUACCUAAGUUACAUUUAAACCAGUGUGGGUGGCACUGGGAGCACGUGGGUAAAGUGUCUUGCCCAAGGACACAACGGCAGUGACUAGGAUGGCGGAAGCGGGAAUUGAACCUACAACCCUCAAGUUGCUGGCACGGCCACUCUACCAACCGAGCUAUACCGCUCGGUUGGUAGAGUUAUAUGUAUAUAUAUGUAUAUAUAUAUACAUAUAUAUACAUAUAUAAUGAAUUCCUAGAAAACAAUGCUACAUACACUAUAUUGCCAAAAGUUUUGUGCCGAAUGUAAAAUUUGGCGGAGGAGGAAUUAUGGUAUGGGUUUGUUAUUCAGGAAUUGUGCUUGGUCCUAUUAGUUCCAGUUAAAGGAACUUUAAAUGCUCCAGGAUACCAAAACAUUUUGGACAAUACUACGCUCCCAACCGUGUGGGAACAGUUUGGAGCGGGCCCCUUCCUUUUCCAACUUAACUGUGCAACAGUGCACAAAGCAAGGUCCAUAAAGACAUGGAUGACGGAGUCUGGUGUGGAUGAACUUGACUGGCCUACACAGAGUCCUGACCUGAACCAGAUAGAACACCUUUGGGAUCAAUUAGAAAGGAGACUGAGAGCCAGGCCUUCUCGACCAACAUCAGUGUGUGACUUCAUCAAUGCAUUUUUGGAAGAAUGGUGGAAAAUUCCCAUAAACACACUCCGCAACCUUGUGGACAGCCUUCCCAGAAGACUUGAAGCAGGAAUAGCUGCAAAAGGUGGACCGACAUCUGCGAUGAGGUGGUGACUUGUCCAGGGUGUACUCCGCCUUCUGCCCGAUUGUAUCUGAGAUAGGCUCCAGCCCCCCCCCCUCGCGAUCCCGAAGGGAAUAAGCGGUAGAAAAUGGAUGGAUGGAAGGUGGACCGACAUUAUAUUGAACCCUAUGGGCAAGGAAUGGGAUGGCACUUCAAGUUCACAUGUGAGUCAAGGCAAGUGGCCAAAUACUUUUGGCAAUAUAGUGUAUGUUAGCUUUUAGCUUUAAAAUUAGUGUUGCCAACCGUUCCUUGAAAAACGGAAUCGUCUUGUAUUUAGAAACACAAGUACGCUUUCCGUAUUUAGCUGUCAAAGGACGCACCUUGACCCAUAUUUUUAGAACCGUGAAAAUGAGAAAAUAAUUUGUAAACUAAAUGGGGCAAUUCCUGAAUUGCUGAAGUUGAACUGAAAUCCUGAAGUUUUUUUUUAGAAUUGUUGAUGUAAAGCACAUAAUUCCCAAACAGGCUGAAUAUUUUGAUACAGUUUUGAAUAAGAUGAAAACUGUCGUAGUUGUGGAACUUUGAAGAAUGUCCCAUUGAUUUCAAUAGGAUUUUCAGGAAAAGGGGGAAUUUUUUUCAAAAUGGUAAAAAACUAGAAUGGUCUGAAUGAGUUGAAAUGGUUGGUGUUGCAAUUUUUCAAAUCAGUAGUAACAUGUUGAAUUGAGAAAUGGUGUUAUGAAAUUCCUGGAAUUUCGGGAACACCGGGAUUUUUUUCCAGUUCAAAGAAAUACUUUGUUUUUGUCCUAAUUAAGAGGAAUGUUAGGACGGUGGAACGGUUGAAGUGCGUUGAAAAAUGUGGAAGGAGUAGUCGCCAGAAAAAAGUGUGGAAAUAGGGCUUUGGAAAAGCAGAAAUUCUGGAAAAUCCUGGAAUUUUUUUGAACUUGGAAAAAAAGGUUGUUCAGAUUUCCAGGAUGGUGGAAUGUGUUGAAGGUGGAAUGGUUUUAAUCGGUUGGAAAAUGAGGAAAUGGUGAAAGUUUGAAAAAUGGCCAAUUUAUUUUGAAUGGGAAAAAUGUCCAGGAAAACCUGAAAUUCUGGGAAAUCUGGGAAUUUUUGGAAUUUGUCAAGGGAAAUUCCGCGAUACCUGAAUGGGCUGAACAGUUUGACGUUGGAACGGUUUGAAUCGGGUGAAAAAUGUUGACCGUAGAGCGCGCCAAAAUCAGGAGAAGUCGAGGGAGUUUAAUUGUGUGAAUGCUCCAACAUAUGGUUUUCUACACCAAAAUUCAUCUAUUUAUUCAACUACUUAUGUAGUUAUGUAACCUGUUUGAUGUACUUGUACUAUAUAUUCACCAUCAUUUGACUUGAAGUGGCUUCUUAAGGGUUAAUGCUCCUGAGAAAGAAGGACGAAAGAUAUUGGAGCAACACAACAAAAUGCAAACGUGGAUUAUUGAUUGUGAAAUUUGCCUUCUGAUUGGAGUUGAAUCGUGUUUUUGAUGUACUCUACGUCAUGUGUACUAUGGGUGUCCUGAUCUGAUAUUGAUACCGAAUAUCUGUCAGAUAUCAGCAAAAAAUUGGAUUAUAAAAGAUUUCAUCGAAAAUCUCCAAUACAGGCAGUCUGUUCUGCUCCCCUAAAGUCUCCUCUUGCUGACUUUGCAGACGGAUAACAAGUUGUCUAUAUUUAUAGGAGUCCUUACUUCAAUAAAGAAAUAAAGUACUGUAUUUUCCCGACCAUAGGCCACACCAGUGUAUAAGCCGCACUGCAGAUGAAAGGUGUAUUUUCGAUCUUUUUCCAUAUGAAAGGCGCACUGGAUUACAUGGCGCAUUAAAGGAGUCAUUAUUAUUUUUGUCUAAAUGUAAAAUACUUCCUUGUGGUCUACAUAACAUGUAAUGGUGGUUAUUUGGUCAAAAUGUUGCAUGGAUGAUGUUUUACAGAACAUCUUCAAGUCGCUAUCUGACAGUCGCUUCAGGAUGCGGCGUUUUGUGGGCGGUGUUAUUUACGUGGCUCAUCUCCGACAGCGUCAUCUCCCCAUCAUCUUUGUUGUAGCAGUGUAGCGUGCAAGGACGGGAGUGGAAGAAGUGUCAAAAGAUGGCGCUAACUGUUUUAAUGACGUUCAGACUUUACUUCAAUCAAUAGAUAGAUAGAUAGAUAGAUAGAUAGUACUUUAUUGAUUCCUUCAGGUGAGUUCCUUCAGGAAAAUUAAAAUUCCAGCAGCAGUGUACAGAGUUGAGAUCAAUUUAAAAAAGAGUAAAAAGUAAAUAAUGGGGGUUUAAAAGGAAACAAAAUAGAGAAACAUUACAAAAAGAAUAAAAACAAUGGGAAUAACAAUAUAACAGUAAAAUAAGAAUAUAACAAGACAAAGUAGGCAGUAGUGACCAUGUUAUGAAAACGUAUUGCACUGUUAAUGUUUUGAAUCCCCUGUCAUCCUUGUAUCCCCCGCCCCCCGUCCCAGAGAGGAGUUGUACAGUCUAAUGGCGUGUGGGACAAAGGAGUUCUUGAGUCUAUUAGUCCUGCACUUGGGAUGAAGCAGUCUAGCACUGAACAGGCUCCUCUGGCUACUGAUAACGCUAUGCAGAGGGUGACUGGCAUCAUCCAGGAUGCUUACUAGUUUGUCAACAGUCCUCUUCUCUGCCACCGUCACCAGUGAGUCCAGUUUCAUUCCGAUUGUAGAACCGGCCCGCCUGAUCAGUUUCUCAAGUCUGGAGCUGUCCUUCUUAGAUGUACUGCCCCUCCAGCACACUACCAUGUAAAACAGAACACUGGCAACCACAGACUGGUAGUACAUCCACAGGAGUUUUCUACAAAUGUUGAAGGAGUGCAAUCUCCUGAGGAAGUACAGCCUGCUCUGUCCUUUCUUGUACUGGUGGUCCGUGUUAACAUUCCAGUCCAGCUUAUUGUCCACCCAAACCCCGAGGUACUUGAAUGAGUCCACGGUCUGUACCUCAACUCCCUCGAUCACAAUAGGUUGUGACCGUGGACUCGACCUCCCAAAGUCAAUGACCAGCUCCUUGGUCUUUGACGGAUUGAGCUGCAAGAGGUUCGUGUGGCACCACACAACAAAGUCCUUCACCAGGUUCCGAAACUCCUCCUCUCUGCCGUCCCUGAUGCACCCGACGAUGGCUGUGUCAUCCGCGUACUUCUGGAUGUGACACAGCUCUGAGUUGUAGCAGAAGUCAGCGGUGUACAGGGUGAAGAACGUUACACUACUUUACAUUAGAAAUGGCAACAGCGGAGUAUGGAUGUCUCAUAACAAGAAGAUAGAGAAAAAGAAGAAGCUUAUCGACUACGGCGUCCCACGGACUACAAUGGCAGACUCGCGCAAUUUUACAGGAUUUAAGCAGAUUCCAAUUACAGAUCAACAGGUAACAGAAGGUAAGAAAAGUUGCUUAUGUAUAAUAUUGUAAAAACAAAACAACAGAUAACAGCGACCCCCCGCAACCCCGAAUAGGGACAAGCGAUAGAAAAUGGUUGGAUAAGUAUGUCUCACCUUCUUCACACACCAUAAUAAUACUCCUAUGUUGAAGCACAGUACAAUCCAUCAAGUAAUGUGGUUUUAUAGCUUACCAAAGUCGUACUAAAACAUUUUGAUAGAUUUUUGAGCGCCGAGUGUAAUGUUCUGAAUUUUAAAUGAAACAUAUAAAAUGUUGGUGGUGUUUACUUGACUCAUAUUGCACUCUACACGUAUCUCUUAUGUUUGACUGCCAUCUACUGGUCACAUUUAUCAUUACACCAUGUACCAAAUAAAAUUGCUUCGAGGUCGGUGAGCAAAACCGGAAUUAUUCCGUACAAUAGGCGCACCGAGUUGUAUGGCGCAAUGUCGAGUUUUGAGAAGGAAAAAAAGAACGGAUUUUAAGUGCGCCUUAUAGUCCGGAAAAUACGGUAUGUCAAUAUAACUUACAUGAGAUACAAAAUGACUUAUUUGUGACAUACGUGACAAUGUCAAACCCCAAAAGGGACAAACGGUAGAAAAUGGAUGGAUGACAAUAUGAAAGAAAUGCAUGAAAAGAAACUGCUAAAUUUCAUUGGCUAUGGCAUAUAAAUGACACUGAUCACCAUUAGCAAUUUUACAUGGCGAUUUCAACCCCUCCAAAUUUGGUAAUUAAAAAACCACAACUAAGAUGCACAUUGCAAUCAACCGGCUGCUGUAAUAAUUACAAUGCGUACAGCAUAACAACUUUGUAGGACACAACAAAAGACAAGACUGGCACAUUUGGCGUAACGGCAUUCUUGCAAAUGAUGCUCAGAAGUGUACAAAAAAAAUAAUAUAUAAAAAUAGUAUAUACCGUAUUUCCUUGAAUUGCCGCAGGGCGUAUAGUAUGCGCCUGCCUUGAAUUACUGCCGGGUCAAACUCGCUUUCCAAAAUAAUUAGCGCAUGCUUAGUAUUACUGCCUGGUCAAACUCGUGAUGUCACGAGUGACACUUCCCCUGUCAUCAUUCUCAAAAUGGAGGAGGCAGAUUUCAACACCGGUAAUUUGAAAUCGCAUAAAGGGAAGAAGAUUAAGAGUUAUUCAGUAGGAUUUGAUGUCCAAGCUUACAUCACACUCAAAUUUUUACUGCAUGCCUUUGGUAAGUGCCGGAGUGAGAAGAGGUUUUAAAAUAACUAGCGCAUGCUUACUUUUACCGCAUGCCUUUGGUAAGCGCAGGAGUGAGAAGAAGUUUUAAAUUAACUAGCGCCCCGACGGCAAUUCAAGGAAAUACGGUAGUCAAUUGCAGACUUUGCUCAAGUAUGAAUAUCACAACAGCAUAACACUUGAUUAAGCCUUUUUUUUUUUUAACAAAUUCACACUCCAAAAUACCAGUAGUUAAAAACAAGUAUACAUUUUUUGUGCUGAUAUCGGAUUGAAAUCUGUAUCGGCCAAUCGUCUGACAUAUCUGUAUCUGAACGGACACACCUCUAAAGUGCAUUUGGUUGGUUUUGUAUUUCCAUUGUCAAGCCUUACUGCUCCACUGGCUCCUUAUUUGAAACUGCUUUUUGGCUUCAUUGAAUUGUUUUUUUUUUAUAACUGUUAUUAUGAACGUUUUUAGCCGACAAACAGGUACCAUAAGCUCUGCUACUGGAAAACCUGUGAGGGUUUUUCCCUCCAGACAGUUGUUGAGCACUUCGGACACGCAACAUGGUGCUAAAUGUAAUCACUAAGCUAUCAAUCCUACCUUGUAAAUCUAUACGUUUAUCCAACAGCACUUCAUUCCUUCAAUGCCUGUCUGAACACGGGUUUGGUUCUGUUAUCACAUCCUAUGAAUGUAUGUAAAUAUGUAUGUAUGGACCACUUUGCAUGGCUGUAUCCUGGAUUUACAGAGAAUAUUAUCUGUACCAGAUUUGAAAAAAACCCAACAAUGUGUUUUAUGUGCAACAUCCUAAAUAUGUACAUAAUUGAAUAUAUCUGAGUACAUAUGAACAUACUGUAUAUUGUACCUAUUUUUCCUUUGUUCUACCUGGGAUGCAUUUACAAAUAAAUUUGAUCUAAAAUCA